CAAAUCACCUUGAUUAAUUUAUGCCUUUGGGUGAUUUUUUUUUUCUUUUUUGGCAACAAUAGAAGUUUUACUAAACAAUAUAGCUAAUGAUCAAAUAUGAGGUUAAGGACAUACGAUUGAGGGUUUUAAACUUGGCCUUACAAAUGAACCGAUUCUCCGCGGCUUUACAUUGUCUCCUUCCCCUGACCUUCCUUCCUCUUCACUUCUUAAACUCUAGAGUCUUAUAAAUAUCACCACCAGUUUCUCCAUAAACACUACAAAGCCUCACAACUUCAAAAACCUCAAAAGACAAAAUAUUCAAAUUACUCAAAUCGAAAAGAAGAUGAAAUGCGUGGUGAAGAAGCUACUAUGUUGCGGAGCCAAGAGCUUCUCCCAAAGAGAGACAUUACCGGAAGAAGGACGAGUCCGAGUCUACGUCGGAAACGACAGAGAUACGCAAUGCAAGUUAGAGAUGGAUGCUGAUUUGUUGACCCAUCCAUUGUUCGAAAAUCUCCUCCGGUUAUCCGAAGAAGAGUUUGGUCACUCAUACGACGGUGCUUUAAGGAUUGCCUGCGAGAUCCAAGUCUUUAUGAACUUGAUCCAUUACCUUAAGUCCACGAGUCAUUCUCCUCACUACAUGAAUACAUCUCCACCAUCUCAGUAUCUUCAUUAAUAUUAAUGCUACUGAUGAUCCACAUAGAAGAUAGCGUCCUUCUCACGUAUGAGUACUUCGGAAUUCACAUUUAUUCUUUAAAGAUGAUCUCUUCUUAUUCUGCAUUCCAACAAAAGUAUGGAAGAGGUUCCACAUUUUUUAUUUUAUUUUUCAUUUGGGACUGAAAGCCAAUAGGAUUUCAUCUAGAUCUUUAUUAUUUUUCCAUCUUUUUUGGGAAAUUGAUAUACAUUUGUUUAAGUUUAAUGUUGUAGGGUUAGUAUUGUGGGUCAAAGUUAUAAGAUAAACGUUUGUUUUUGCCAUCAA